AUGAAUUCCACCGCUGCUAAUCUAAAUAAGCUGCCAACAUCUCCAGAGGUAGCUCCAAUGACUCCAGAACAGUCAACAGAAUCCUUUUGGUCAUCAAAUCCCAUUUCAAGCUUCUUUAUUGAUAAAUACAGUCAAUUAAAUGGUCACAAAAGAUCUUUAGAGUUGACCAAUCCAGGGACAGUCGAAAAUUUGAAUAAAGAAGUUUCUCGUGAUGUCUUCUUAUCCCAAUAUUUCUUUACUGGUUUGAGAGCUGAUUUGAAUAAAGCAUUCUCAUUAAAUCCAGCUUUUCAAACUUCUCAUACUUUCUCUGUGGGUUCAACCACUUUGCCAAGUUAUGCCUUCUCUGCUUUGUUUGCUGAUGAUAAUUUGUUUUUGCAAGGUAAUUUAGAUAACGACUUCUCAUUAUCUGGUAGAUUAAACUAUGGUUGGAAUAAAAACAAUAUUUCCAAAUUAAACUUACAAAUCGCUGAAGGUCAACCAUCAAUGUGUCAAUUGGAACAAGAUUACCAAGGUCCAGAUUUUUCCAUAAAUUUAAAGACUUUAAAUCCAUCUUUCAAUAUUUUAGCCAAUAAAAAUACUGUAGAUUUCAAUGGUGUAGCGGUAGGAUCCAUUUUACAAAGUAUCUCACCACAAUUAUCUCUUGGUUUGGAAGUUUUAUACUCAAAACCACAAGCAAGCGCGCCAGCUGAUGCAGGUGUUUCAUAUUUGACUCGUUACGUCUCAAAGAAACAAGACUGGAUCUUUUCUGGUCAAUUACAAGCCAAUGGUGCCUUAGUAGCCUCUUUCUGGAGAAAAAUCUCUCCAAAUGUCGAAGCUGGUAUUGAAACAAACUUACAAGCAGGUAUGGUUCCAAUCACUGAUCCUUUAGUUGGAACCCCUAUCGGUGUUCAACCAACCAUUGAAGGUUCUACUACCAUUGGUGCAAAAUACGAAUAUAGACAAUCUGUAUACCGUGGUACUAUCGACUCCAAUGGUAAGAUCGCAUGUUUCCUAGAAAGAAAAGUUUUGCCAACUCUUUCCAUUUUAUUCUGUGGUGAAAUCGAUCAUUUCAAGAAUGAAAAUAAACUUGGUUGUGGUUUACAAUUUGAAACAGCAGGUAAUCAAGAAUUAUUAAUGAUGCAACAAGGUUUAGAUGCUGAUGGUAACCCAUUACAAGGUCCUCCCAUUGUUGAUUGA